AGAAUGUUUUUAUUGAUGCUAGUAACAUCAGUGGUGGCGUUGGAUGUAGAUCUAGGAGAUCCAGCAAUGAACCAAAUUUUGUAUUUCAAGGAGAGAACGCAGAGUCCUGCAGGAUUGACUACAAGCGCUGGCUCAUCUGUUUCUCAUUGUGAAGCUACCAGCACAUUAAACUCUCGGCUGAUGAAUAAUGAAUUCUUUAUGGAAUCUAUAACGCAUAGUAAUAGGGAAAGAAUUCCUGAACGCAAUGUUCAUGCAAAGGGUGCCGGAGCCUUCGGAUACUUUGAAGUAACACAUGAUAUCUCACGCGUUUGUAAAGCUGACUUUCUAAAUAAAGUUGGAAAGAAGACGCCGGUCGCAGUCCGCUUUUCACUAACUACGGGAGACAGAGGAACUUCAGAUUUAAUUCGAGACUCGAGAGGGUUUUCCGUCAAGUUCUAUACUAAAGACGGGAAUUUUGAUAUAGCUGGACUAAACACACCUAUGAAUAUAUGUAGGGAUCCACUUCAAUUCCCUCCUUUAACUCAUGCGUCGAAAAGAAAUCCUGCAACGAAUCUAUAUGAUCCUAACGCAUUCUGGGAUAUCAUAACUUUGCUUCCUCAAGCGUUAUUCAUGUAUUUAUACAUUUUUGGUGAUCGCGGUAUUCCAGCUAAUUACUGCAAUAUGCCCGGCUUUGGAAUUCAUACGUAUCAAGUAGAAAAUGAAUUUGGGGGUACACAGUUUGUAAGAUUUCAUUUUAUGCCUGAUGCUGGCAUUAAAAACAUGUUUUCAGAGGAAGCCAGAAAUAUUAGUUUCUGGGACCCUGAUUAUUUAACAAGGAAUUUAUAUAAAUCAAUUGCUACUGGGGAUUUUCCUUCGUGGACAGUGAGCGUGCAGAUCUUAACCGAAUCAGACGUGAAAAAAGCGGGUCCUCAGGUAUUCGAUGUUACGAGAGUCGUUUCCUUGAAGGAUUAUCCCUUACAUCAAGUUGGUAAAAUGGUAUUGAAUAGAAACGCAAAAAAUUAUUUCGCAGAAAUGGAACAGUUGGCAUUUAAUCCAGCUAAUACAGUAAAUGGUAUCCUUGGAGCGCCGGAUAAAAUAUACGAAUCACGUCGCUUUGCCUAUAGAGAUGCCCAGUUAUAUCGCAUGGGGGCCAAUUUCAAUAAUAUUCCUGUGAAUUGUCCAUUCCAAGUCAAAACAACUACUUAUAACAGAGACGGCUCUCCACCGGUUGGUGAUAAUGAAGAAGAUAUUCCUAACUACUAUCCUAAUUCAUUUAAUGGACCUGUUCCCUCUGUGACAAAGCAAUGUCCAGGAUUAAUUGACAUAACUGAAACCAAGGGAGACAAUUUAGAUCAAGCAAAAGAAUUUUACGCCAAUGAAAUGAAAGCGGACGAACGAUCUCGAUUGGUUGAAAAUUUGGUGGUUUCACUGAAACCGGUUUGUGAAUUUAUCCAAAAAAGAGCGAUAAAAGCAUUUAGAAAUAUUCAUCCAGAUUUAGGUAAUCGAGUUGCACAAGGAUUACGAUUGAAUAGUAGAUGGACGUAGGUAGGUAGCUUG